AUGUUUGCAAGCUGCUCACCUACCGCCGGCGCAAUAUCACUACUCGACGCACCCAUCAUUGUUGAUCGCGAAGACUUCAAGGGUGUUCACAUUGCAGCUAGAAAUCUCUCAGAUGACAUCGCAAAAAUCACGAACAAGACGCCGCCUACAGUUUGCUCAGAGCACAUCACAUCGCCGUGUGUCAUUAUUCUUGGUAGUCUGCGGUGCUCCAGAUUCAUCCAGCAAUUGGUAUCGUCAGGAAAACUGCACAUCAGUGAAAUCGAAGAGAAAUGGGAGACAUGGUGUACGCAGAUCGUGGAUGCGCCAUGGGAUGGAUGUACUAGAGCACUCGUCAUCACGGGAAGCGAUAAAAGAGGCACCAUCUUUGGGACGUACGCAUUGUCGGAGCAGAUUGGAGUAUCUCCCUGGUAUUGGUGGGCAGAUGUACCCGUCAAGACAAGUCCAAAUAUUUACGCCCUGAACGUCAAGACCGCACAAGGACCACCGGCAGUCGGAUACCGCGGCAUCUUCAUCAACGACGAAGCACCUAAUUUGUCGGCAUGGGUGCAUGAAAAGUAUGGGCCGAAGUACAACUCCGAGUUCUACAAGCGCGUCUUUGAGUUGCUGCUUCGGCUGAAGGCGAAUCUUCUUUGGCCUGCUAUGUGGUUCGGGUUUCCGCAUCCAGGCAAUUCAUUCUUCGUCGAUGAUCCAUUGAAUCAAAGGCUUGCUGAUGAAUAUGGGAUUGUUAUUUCUACGUCUCACCAUGAGCCGAUGCAGCGCGCGAUGAAUGAAUGGUUUGAUACGCCGUACAAGCAGCCGGAGAACAGUUGGAGCUGGGUGAAGAAUAAGGAGAAGAUUACCCGGUACUUUGAAGAGGGAGCACAGCGAGCUGCUAACUUUGAGAGUCUGAUUACCAUCGGCAUGCGUGUUGACGGCGAUCGAGAGAUGAACGUCGAGAAUCCCCAAGAGGUAUUGAAGGAGGUAUUAGCGACACAGAGAAGGACCAUUAAGGACGCUUAUGGACAGGAAGAUGCAGUACCCCAACUAAUCGCGCUGUACAAAGAAGUCCAAGAAUACUACGAAAAUGGAUUGAAGGUACCAGAAGACGUGACACUGCUUUACAAGUGGCUCAAUAGCAAUUCUCUUGGUAAGGUUUGGCAUCAGCUUGAUCAAGCACAUCGCCGUGGAGCUGAUGAGAUCUGGAUCUUCAAUGUUGGGGACAUUAAGCCUCUGGAAGUUCCUCUGAGUUUUGUUAUGUUAUUAGCAUGGGACGUGAAUUCCUGGAAAUUUGGCGAUCUCCCGGCAUUCUUCCACCAGUUUUCAGCCAGCAGUUUCGGACAAGAGCUCGCGUCACCAUGUGGAGAUCUCCUCCUUCGCCACGAUAAACUCGUCAGACUUCGAAAACAUGAGCAUAUUGAACCAGAGACGUUCUCGCUUAUCAACUAUGCCGAAGCUGACAAAAUACUGUCAGACUGGACCGCGCUCCUCCACGACGCCGAAGCCCUCCACACUCAAAUUCCCUCAGAAACCAGUCCAUCAUUCUUCCAACUCGUCCUCCACCCUACCAAAGCAUCACAGAUAUAUAUCUCGCUUCAAGUCCACCGCGCGAGGAACCUACUCUACGCAAAACAGCGCCGCAACACAGCAAACCACUUCUUCGACACGUCCAUUGCCCAAUUCAAAGCCGACUUCGCGCUCUCGCAGGAAUACCACGCCUUGCUCGACGGCAAGUGGAACCACAUCAUGCGCCAGCCACACCUCGGAUACCGCGAGACCUGGCACGCGCCGUCGCGAGAUGUGAUAAGCGGGCUGUGUCUUGUACAAGCGCAUCAAGCAUCAAACCCUAUCGCGGGAAACAUUGGUGUCGCUGUCGAGGGACACGAAGGCGUCAGGCCGGGUCUAUGUAAUGAGGAAAGCGAUCGCACACAUCCGUCACGUAGGGAUCUCGUUGCUGGCGUUACACUGCCAGUCAUGGAGCCGUUUGGACCUCAGUCGAGGAGGUUCGACCUUUCUUUGCGCGGUCCAAAGGCAGUGAAGUGGACGAUCUUAAGUCCAGUAUCGUGGGUGUCAGUUCAGAAUUGUGGGGUUCUCGAUGCGAAAGACGAGCAUGAUGCGCCUAUCGACGUAACAGUGAAAUGUAAAGACGUACCAGCAGACUUCGAAGGCGAAGUACUACUGACCCUAGAAACCGAUCUCGGCGACUUCGAACACAUCCACAUCCCGAUCAUCAACCGCCGCGUACCCGCUGAGUUUUCGGGACACGUUGAGGCGGAUAGGGUGCUGUCCAUUCCGGCUUCUCGCUUUGCUAACCAAAAUGUGAUGGGAGUGUGGAAGCAUCCGCAUUUCGGUCGUGAAGCGAGUGGGUCUGUGAGCUUUCGCGACUCGAGCGUCGGGAAAUGCGAACUGGUGUAUCCAUUUUACACGUUUACUUCGACGCCGAAAGCAAUCUUACAUAUAUACUUCACGCUGACGCUUGACACACAUCCGGGCGCGCAGAUGACUUACGGUCUAUCGCUCGAUGGCAAAAGUUUCGAAACACAUAGGCUCGUGCAGCAGCCUACGAAACCGGGUGAAUUGCCUGCCGAGUGGUUAGGUUCGGUAAUGGAUUGCGUCUGGGUUAGAAAACAUGAAGUGGAUAUGAUGUGCACUGGGUCGCAUGUUUUGAGAGUGGUGCUGAGAGACGAGAAUAUGGUUUCGGAGAAGAUCGUUGUAGAUUUGGGAGGGUUGAGGGAAAGCUAUCUCGGACCGCCUGAAAGUCACUACUCUCCUGCACCGAACGAGUAA